CCCAACUCCCGCCGGUUCUCGCGGGCGCAUUAUGCCGUCCAACAAAUCCAUCUCGGACGCACCCAUCGUCCAGUUCACCAACUGCCGCAUCCUGCGGAGUCAUCAGCUCCAGAGGGAGGACCUGUGGGUGCGAGAGGGUAAGAUCCUCAACCCGGAAAAACUCUUCUUUGAGGAGAAGGGCUCUGCUGACAUCCAGCUGGACUGUAAGGACAGCAUCAUCGCCCCAGGCUUCAUCGACGUCCAGAUCAAUGGAGGCUUUGGGGUGGACUUCUCCCUGGCUACAGAUGACUUCAAAUCAGGGAUUAACAUGGUCAGUCAGAAAAUCCUCUCCCAUGGCGUGACCUCCUUCUGUCCCACCCUGGUGACCUCUCCCCCUGCUGUGUACCACCAGGUUCUCCCUCAGAUCAGUAUGAGAAAUGGUGGAGCCCAUGGAGCAGGUAUCUUGGGGGCCCACCUGGAAGGACCGUUCAUCAGCAAGGAGAAGAAAGGGGCGCACCCAGAGCACUGCCUCCGCACCUUCGAGGCAGGUGCCUUCCAAGACCUCCUGGCCACCUACGGGUCCCUGGACUGUGUCCGGAUUGUCACCCUCGCCCCAGAGAUGAAGAGGAGCAGUGAGGUGAUCCGGGAGCUCACCAAGAGGGGCAUCUGUGUCUCACUGGGUCACUCAGUGGCUAAUCUCUCCCAGGCUGAGGAUGCUGUGCAACAUGGCGCUACCUUCAUCACUCACCUCUUCAAUGCCAUGUUGCCGUUCCACCAUCGUGACCCUGGGAUUGUGGGGCUGCUGACAAGUGACAAGAUCCCAUCUGGGCAGAGGGUCUUCUAUGGCAUGAUUUCUGACGGCAUCCACACCAACCCUGCUGCCCUGCGAAUUGCCCACCGAGCCCACCCCAAAGGCCUGGUGCUGGUGACAGAUGCGAUUGCUGGCAUGGGGCUGGCACCAGGUCGGCACACACUGGGGCAGCAGGUGGUGGAGAUUGAUGGGCUGAACACCUACAUUGCAGGCACAAAGACCCUGAGUGGCAGCGUGGCGACCAUGGACACGUGUGUGCGGCACUUUCAAGAAGCCACAGGCAAUGUUCCCUCUCACCUGAGACAUGAUGAGAAGGGCUGGGAUCAGCAGCACUGGCCUCGGAUGAGCACCUUUUUUUGGGUGCUCAUUAGAGAUCGCGUUGGAGGCAGCGUCUCUGCAUCCUGCCCAGCUGCUGGGGAUUGAACACAAAAAAGGGACACUAAAUUAUGACUCCGAUGCAGAUUUCCUGAUGCUGAAUGACGAUCUGUAUGUGCAAGCCACGUACAUCGCAGGCGAGGAAGUCUGGAGACAGGAUGCAUUGGGCAUGUGACGCUGGGCUGUCCCAGUGCCCUCCAGGCUCCCUGGCACUGUGGUAGCAGCUGGGGCAACCACCCCACUUCUCUCUUUUCUUUUGUUUUUUUUUAAUUCCUUCCUGCAGUUCCCUUAAAGGAGCCUCAUACCAAAGAGCUGCAUUUUCCAGCGCAGCCGCUGCUUCCAGUUACAGCCAUGCCUGCACCACAUAUGUUGGUGCUUGGUUGGUGGUGUGGGGAGAGCAGGCAGAUCUGUGCGGGGGGUGCUGCCAGGCCCUGGAGUGACCUGAAGGCCUGCACAGUUGUCUUGCGUGGUGUCCCUAGAUAGAGGUGCGCCUGUCACCAUCUCGUAGCAAUGUGAAGCUGUCCCAGCCUUUGCACUGUUUUAUAGAGCACACACUAACCUGCCCUUGUGCCCGAGGCAGGCUCAAGCCAUUUCCAUUUCCCUGCCUGCUCUUUGCCUUGCUUCUGGGCAGCCAUGGCUGGUUAGACAUCAGCUUCCACCAUCUCAGCUCUCAGCUCUUCACAUUAAAAGGUUCCUGUUGUGUCAACAGAAGUUGAGGAUCCCAUUCUGUUCCCCCGGCAGUCCCUCUGCCGUGUAUCCUCAGAGCAAGGCUGUCACAGCUUGCUGACUUGGUGCUGUUGUGGGGCUGUGAAUCCAUGUGGGCUGAAUCCUCAGGACAGAGGUCAAACCAAGGAAAAAUGAAUCAUUGCUGGUCCUUUGUGCCUUUCCCCUUCAUGGGCACUGAGUUCAUAGCGCGUGAUUUCAGCUGGAGACAUGAACAGCAUCCUGCCACAGAGGCAAUGUUCCUCUUAACCCCUUGUUCCUGAUAGAUGGGUUCUGCAGGGUCUGUGCUCAGCCCCUGAUGGGGUUGUGAAUCCUCAGGUCACAGACAGGAAGUUUUGGUUUAGGGGAUGCAUCCAGAUUGAUGCUGACAGGCACACAAGCUCUCAGUCCAGCUAAGCGACAGAAAGAAAGAGAACUACACUCAGAUUAUGCCAUUUCAAGGCAGCUUGUGAUAGCUCAUUAUUCCCAUAUUAUCAUCAUCUCUGGUGUCUGGCUGUCAGCUCUUUUCCUGACACUUGGCCACUUCUGUGUGAAGGCUGUUUUUGAUUUCAAACCUACCACAGUCAGAACAGCCUUGUGAUAGUUCUUGGACAACCCCUGGACAAGUCUCAGACCAAUUAGAUGGGUUUUGUAUGAGGGGAGGGCUUAGACAAGGGCUAAGUCUUAUCAGGAGUGGAGGCUGUAAGGCAAGGCAGGAGCCCCGGUCAGGAUGGGCAGAAGUGUGCUCUUUUUUUUCCAAUAAAUUUUUGCAGCCUUUAACAACAACAUUUGGAAGUACUUUCCUCACACUUACAGCCUUGCUGGAAUAACUGGCAGCCUUGGAGAAUUUCUAACAUCAACUGCCAAUGUCAGCAGAAAUUAUAACCUCCAUGAUGUGAAACAUUUGAAAGAAACAUCAAAUACUGUGCUAGGAAACAUGACCUGCUGCAGCAUUACAUAUCCCCAUGAGGGCAUUUUGGGCUGCUGUUGGAAAAAAAUCCAAGGGGAAAAAAAUGCAUAUGAAACAACGUGUCUAAUUUUUUUCAUUAUUAUUUACAAAAUUAAGCAAUUGAAAUCUAAAAUAGAAAUGGAAUUAGACAACA